GUGUCCGCGCCCCGCGCUCAGCUGCUGUUCGGGCGGGACCCAGGCUGGACCGCGGGCCCCGGCCUGGGGGCCACAGCUGCCACCUCCGCCGCCACCUCAUCUCCUCCCCGUCCCCGUCCCGCCCCGCGUCUUUCCGCCGUAGUCGGGCCGGAGGCCGGGGUCCCUCCCCGCCGUGCCACCCUGCGCGGAUGCCGAAGGUGAAGGCGCUGCAAUGCGCCCUGGCGCUGGAGAUCCGCUCUGUAACUUGUCCAGGAGUGGUGCUGAAAGACAAGGAAGACAUCUAUCUUAGUAUCUGUGUGUUUGGCCAAUACAAAAAGACACAAUGUGUCCCAGCCACUUUUCCCCUGGUCUUCAAUGCCAGAAUGGUGUUUGAAAAGGUAUUCCCGGAAGCAGUAGACCCUGGAGAUGUGGUUGCACAGCUUGAGUAUGAUACAGCAGUGUUUGAGUUGAUACAGCUAGUUCCACCAGUGGGAGAAACACUGUCUACCUAUGAUGAAAAUACGAGAGAUUUCAUGUUCCCGGGUCCAAACCAAAUUUCUGGACACCAUGAUUCAAACCGCCAGGUUACCAUGAGGAGGAUUUCUGGUCUAAGAGGAAUUGCUCCAAAGCUGGAAUUUUCUACAACUUCAGUGAUCACCGAAUGUCUGAUAAGCUCAAGAAAGUGCCGCACUCAGGAUAAAUUUACUUACCAUUCAGCUCCAGUUGAAAAACCCCACGGCAGACUGCAAUGUAGAACAUCAAGAUCACAGAAGAAAAAGUCCAAGUCACCAGAAAGGAGUAAAUACUGCAUAAACACCAAGAACUACGAACAGCCUACAAUUUCUUCAAAGUCACAUUCUCCAUCUCCCUACACAAAGAGACGAAUGUGUGAGCUUUCAGAAGACACCCGGCGGCGGCUGGCCCAUUUAAAUCUGGGACCCUAUGAAUUCAAAAAGGAAACAGAUAAGCCUCCAUUUGUGAUUAGACAUGUUGAUCCCCCAAGUCCCAGGGCUGACAAUUUUUUUGGAUCACCUGGCAGAGACUGUGAACGAGAUGGAUGGGUCAGGAUGCACAGUGAUCAUCCUCAUCUUGGCUGCUGCAGAGCCAAGGACUACAAGGUUAUCAGGUCACCACAUGGGAGAGACUUCGAGGAUCCCUUUGAAAGAUGUGAGGAAUAUUUGAGCCCAAGGACAUGCAGCAAGCCCCAGCAUUCAGCAAGGACCUUAUUAGUCCACUCAGCACCUUCAACAACUCCAAAGCAUUGUGCAAGCCCUGUGCUAAACAGAGCCUCUCUCAGGGAAAGAUUCCAUUCUGAUUGGUGUUCACCUCCAAACUGUGAUGAGAUCCAUGACCGGGUAAAAGAUGUCUUGAAAUCACAUCAAGCUCAUGGAAGACAUUUAUGUGAAGAGAGAGACCCAGAGAAAGAAGACGAACUGGAACUGAAAAGAAGUCUUUUAUAUAGAGACUCCGCCUAUGACAGUGACCCUGAAUAUAGCUCCUUUCAGCGGCCGCGUGGCUCUUUCCAUUUGGAUGAUGGUGAAUGCUGGUCCAACAGAGCAGCCUCUUGUAAAGGGAAAUCCCACCGACCCGUCUUUGAGAACAGCAUGGACAAGAUGUACAGGAACUUAUACAAAAAAGCCUGUAGUUCUGUUUCUCAUACACAGGAAAGCUUCUGAGACCAUCUUCCGUACACUGUAUGAGCGUCCAUGUCAACCUCUCAAUGAAAGCGUUUGAUGUCAUCUGUAUUUGUAUGCCUUUCUUUAUAACAGAUGUUCACUGAGUAACAGACUUGAACCCAGCAUAUUUCUUCAAAUGGUAACUUAUCACAGCCAAGCCUUUAUUACAGAAGAAUGUGCAGUUUCCAAUGUCAAAACUCUACAAUAUAGUCACAACUUCCAGUUUGUGACAAGGCUAUCCUGCCACGUUCCUAUCACCAUUGACAAAGUGAAGAAUAGGUUCUUUCUAGAAUGUUCUUCCACUAUUACUCUCUUAACUUUCCACUUGCUUGGCUAGUUAUCUUAUCUGGGUAAUAUUUAAUAUCAGCUUCCUGUUCUUAGUAAUGAGCAAAACGACAUUCUCUGCAGAAACAAAUUUUAAGAAUUUGAACCUGUGCUAACAAAUAUUAUCUACUUUUUCACCUUAGAAGAGGCUAUUGUAUUUCUUAGGUCCUAAAAACCAGUUUUCUUUGUAAAGCUCACAUAUACACUCACUCUUACUCUAGAAAACCAGUUGAGUUACCGCAACAACUAUGUAGCUAAUAUUUUAGUCUUGAAUUAUUUGCAAUAUUUUCUUCUUGAGAAAUACAUUUUGAUGCAAACAAUAAGUGAAGCAGUCUGUGUUAGUAAGCAUGUAGAAACUAAAAAUAAAUAAUUGAAAAUAAAAGAGUUGUAAUCUUA